AUGAAACCCCAGUGGAGUAGAAUAUUUAUAGGAGAAAAUGUGACUCUUUUAUGUAGGAACAGUCCCUCUAACAUCAGCUUCAAGUGGACCCACAAUGGCACAGUUUCACCAGUGACAACUUCAAGUUGGAACAUCGUGAAUGCCAGCUUUGAGGACAGUGGGGAAUAUACAUGUCAGCACAAAAAUUUUAGGGAGAGUAAAACUGUGUACCUGGAAGUCUUCAGUGACUGGCUGCUCCUUCAGGCCUCUGCAGAGGCUAUAGAGGGUAAGCCCCUCCUCCUCAGGUGUCACGGUUGGAAGGAUAGGAAUGUCUACAAGGUGACCUACUACAAGAAUGGCCAAGCUCUCAAGUACUGGUAUGAGAACCACAACAUCUCCAUUCCAAGUGUCACCACUCAAGACAGUGGCACCUAUCACUGCAGCGGCAUCCUUUGGAAACUUCCUUAUACCUCUGAGCCCCUCAAUAUUACGGUUAUAAAAGCUCCGCAAAGCAAGUACUAUCAGCUACAGUAUUUUAUCCCAUUGUUGGUGGUGAUUCUGUUUGCCGCGGACACAUGGUUAUUUAUCUCCACCCAGCGGCAGUUCACAUUUCUCUUGAAGAUUAAAAAGAUUAAAGAAGAAAAGACAAAAAACUUCUGAACCCACAUCCUAAGCCCAGACCCCAAAAAGGACUGAUGUCAUUACUCAAGAAACUUUUGCAACAUCAAUUUUUUUUCCAGCAUCAGCAAUUAUUUCUCAAUUGUCAAACACAGCUUACAAUGUACGUAGAAAAUCUUGUGCUCAAGGAUUUGUAGAACUGCUUCAUUAAACCAACUGAAACUGGUUAAGUGGCAUGUAAUAGUAAGUGCUCAAUAAACAUCAGUUGAAUAAAUGAAAGAUUGAAUAGAUUCAUUUAGUAGCUUUUGUAAAAGAGAAGUUCAAUUUGAAUAAAAUAAGUAUGAAACCAUAUAACAG